AAUACAUUAACACCCUCACCCUUCACCAUGUCUGUUGUAUUUGACGAAUUUGGAAGACCAUUCAUCAUCCUCAGGGAACAAGAUAAGAAACAAAGAUUGAAGGGAUUGGAAGCCAUCAAGGCUAACAUCCAAGCUGCUAUUAAAGUUGUGAAUACAUUAAAGACCUCUCUUGGUCCAAGAGGGAUGGAUAAGAUGAUGGUCAGUCCCGAUGGAGAUGUUACAGUGACUAACGAUGGUGCUACAAUCCUUGAAAAAAUGCAAGUCAACCAUCAAGUUGCUAAGCUUUUAGUAGAACUUUCUCAAUCACAAGACGACGAAAUUGGUGAUGGUACCACUGGUGUUGUUGUUUUGGCUGGAGCUUUGCUCGAAAAAUCAUUGGAAUUACUUGAUCGUGGUAUUCACCCAACCAAGAUUUCUGAAGGAUAUGAAAAGGCUUGCGAAUUUGCCUGUGAUGAAUUGGAAAAAAUCAGUGAUAGACUUGAAUUCUCAAAGGAUAAUAUUGAACCACUUUUCAAGACUGCUUCCACAACACUUAACUCUAAGAUUAUUAACAAGUUUAGAGAAAAGUUCGCCAAGAUGUGUGUUGAUGCUGUUCUUGAUGUUGCCGAUAUUGACAGAAAGGAUGUUAACUUGGAUUUGAUUAAAGUUGAAGGAAAGACUGGUGGUAGACUCGAAGAUUCAUGCCUUGUUGAUGGUAUUGUUGUUGACAAAGAAAUGAGUCACCCACAAAUGGUUAAAUCAAUUGAAAAUGCCAAGAUUGCUAUUUUGACUUGCCCAUUCGAACCUCCAAAGACCAAGAAUAAGGGUAACGUUGAAAUUGACACUGUUGAAAAGUAUAAUUCAUUGUAUGAACUCGAACAAAACUACUUUGUUGAACAAGUUAAGAGAUGUAAAGACUCUGGAGCCAACCUCAUUAUUUGUCAAUGGGGCUUUGAUGAUGAAGCUAACCACUUGCUUCUCCAAAAUGAACUUCCAUCCGUUCGUUGGGUUGGUGGUGUUGAAAUUGAAUUGAUUGCUAUUGCCACUGGAGGCCGUAUCAUUCCAAGAUUUGAAGAAUUGUCAGCUGACAAGUUGGGUUCUGCUGGAAGAGUCCGUGAAGUCACUUUCGGUACAACAUCUGAUAAGAUGAUUUUCAUUGAAAACUGUGCUAACACUAAGGCUGUCACUAUCUUUGUCAGAGGUGGUAACAAGAUGAUCAUUGAAGAAGCCAAGAGAUCUAUCCAUGAUGCUCUCUGCGUUGUAAGAAACCUUGUCAGAGACAAUAGAAUUGUUUAUGGUGGUGGUUCUGCUGAAAUUGCUUGUUCAUUGAGAUUAUCUAACGAAGCUGAUAAGGUUACAGAUGUUGACCAAUAUGCUAUUAGAUCUUUUGCAGAUGCUUUGGAAUUCGUUCCGCUUGCUCUUGCUCAAAACUCUGGUUACAAUCCAAUCGAAUUUGUUUCAAAUGUCAAGGGCGAACAAUGUAUGAAUAAGGGAACUAAGGACAUGAAGGACCAAGGAGUCUUUGAAACACUUGUCGGUAAGCAACAACAAAUGAGGCUGGCCAGUCAAGUUGUCAGAUGAUCUUGAAGAUAGACGGUAUGAUAAUGAACAACUCAAGCCAAUUCUAAAUCAACUUUUUUACAUUUUACAACCAAAUAAAUUAUUUAAUUUUAUAAAA